AUGAACCCUUCAGAUCACAGCACCAAAAAACCGAAGAAAGCUAAACCUAACAUGUUUCAAAUCUUCCAAUAUCAAUAUUUGAAAACCCAGCCCUCACAAACCCAUAAAGAAUCAUUCCUACCUACCAAUUCAAAUUACACUACAACCAAACUCAAACUCAAUCAAAUUGUCUAAAAUACAUCCAUCAAUAAGAGCACUAGAGCAUCCCACAAAGUCAAACUUUCAAUGUCCAACUUUCAAGAUGAUGAAGAGACAAUUGGUCGAAUCAGUGCCACAGUCAAAGAAGCACGAUCCAUUCUAGAGGAAAAUGAACAGCCACAACAAAUGCAACGUGAUCACCUACAAUAAAUUGUCUGCAUCCAAUCCAAAAUUAGAACCUACUUGGUUAAGAAGAGAGUGGCCCCUUUAAAAAAGACUCACAAAUACAGAUAUAGAAAACAAGUAUUGAAUGAAUUGCUUGCAACCGAAGAAAUCUAUUGCUCAGCACUCAAAACUAUGAUCCACUCCUAUUUGAAACCCCUGUCUGAUUCCAAAGGCAUCCUUUCCUCAAGUGAAAUCAAAGGACUCUUCUCCAAUAUUCAAUCCAUCUACCUGCUAUCACAAGAAACACUCAUCCUCUUCAAAGACCUCCAAAAAGACUACCACCAAGAAUAUCAGAAUGCCAUCAAACAGCUGCUCUCACAUGCCAACUUCUUUAAAAUAUACCAAGAUUAUUUAAUUAAUUACGCAAAUGCCAUUAAAUUACAAACCAAUCUCAGACACAACAAUAAACAGUAUAAAUCAUUUCUAGAUUAAGCAGAUAAGAAAAAUCUUGGUAAGACUUUAGAAAACUAUUACUUAAUUUUGCCAGUCUAAAGAAUCCCAAAGUAUGUUCUCCUAUUUAAGGAUUACCUCAAAAAUCUAAACCAAGAAAAUGUAGACUACCCCAAAUUCCAAAAGAUUCUCCAAGAAUUCGAAGCAGUUGCCAACCAAAAUAACAAAGCCAUGGAUAAUUUGUUAUCAAAACAAUAAAUUUUUGAAUUGCAACAACAAUAUGGCAAACACGUCAAGAUCUUGGAACUGAACAGAUAAUUCUUAAAAGAAGAAUCCCUUUAAAUGUACUUCACAAUUGAAAGUGAAGUUCGGCCUGUCAUCGUCUACUUUUUCUCCGAUCUAAUCUUAAUCACUGAAAGAGAUCAAAUCAAAUAGGGUCAAGUAUUUAGAACCUACAUUACUCUAAACCAUCUAAGUCAAUGUAAUAAAAUGGCUGAAAUGUAUAACUACAAAUUCUUGUAUUAAAUUAAUGGAUCAGAUAACCAUGUAACCUUUGUUGUUUAGAGUCAAGAUUCUGAAAAAGACUUAAAAGAACAAAUAGAGUUUGUCAAUGAAAUCAUACAACAACUCUAAGAUAAGAAAGACAGAAGAAACAAAUUAAUUUAAGAAAUCAAACCAGCUAAUCUGCCUUAGGAGGAAUAGAAUGCUCAGUAGAAUUUUGUUGUCACUGUUUAAAUCUAGGGAACUCAAGAAUUACUUGAUAAUUCCAACAAAAAGUUUACGAGAUAUGUCUUUGAAAUUGUGAUCAAUAAUAUCAUCACCCAACAAAUUUAUCUGAGAUUUAGUUAAUUCAAAACAACCAUGGAAUUUGCCAAGUCCAAGUUUCCCAAUAUCAAAAUACCAGAAAUCAAGGAAAAUAACUACUUUGAUAGAAAUGAAGCCCUUGUCGUUGAUAGAAGAAAACUCUUAAUGACUGAAUUCUUAUUAUUACUACUCAAUUCUAAAGACUUUAAAACAGACAAUCAGUAUUAGAAAUAAAUACUCAAUUAACUCGGCCUCCAUGAGAACUUUUACAGUCUCUUAAGAAAACUAAAAGAAGAAAAAGAAAGAGAAUCUGCUAAUCUAUCUGUCUUAAACUUCAGAGGAAUCAAAAAACCAUUAACUACACUCAUUGAGAAUAGCUUCAAAUAAGCAAGUUUCAGAAAGUUUGAUUAAUCGAAUGUUAAUACCAUCUAAACCUAAGUGAGUACUCCAAGAGGCCCUGUUAAGCCGAUGGGUGAUUUGGUUAGAUAGAUGCAAUAGACUGCCACUAAGAAUGAGGUGUAAUAGCAAUCUGAAAUUUCAGAAUUACCCUAAGAAUAAAAGCAAAACAUCAAAGGCUUAAGAGCCUCCAGUAUGAUAAAUAGUCGUAAGGUAUCUGCUUCUUAAUUACUUGCUGCGGAUACUAGGUGUAAUUCAAGACAGGGAUCAAUGAUCGUUUAAGGAGAGGGAAAUCUAUAAUUAGUUAAGAUCAAAGUUUUAAUAUUCCAAAAUUUCAAGCCCAUCGAAUAGGAAUACCAAAUUUGCAGAGAAACAGAUGCUGAGUAAUUAAGAGAUGAAGUAGCAGCUGAUAUCUAACUUUAAUAUUCAUACGAUUUUAAGUUGUAUCUCCUUGAUGAUCAGAUGUUGAAACCAUUAGAUAAGGAUGAAAAAUUAUGGAAUUUAUUGAUCAGAACAGAUGAAACUAAGGGACUGUUUAAAAAGGCUUAAAAUUAACCUCAAUAUAAUUAGAAAUUGUUAUAAUUGCGAAAAUACCUGUAUGUAAACUGCGAAGAAGAGACUGAAUUCUGUAAGUGUGAUUUGGUCAGAUUGACUUUAGUUAGUUAUUAAUUAUUUGAUGAUAUUACCAAUUAGAGAUUGAUAUUGGAAUCGAAGAAUCAUGUGAUUUGUGCAGCAUUAUAUCUGAUUUUAAAUAAAUUCAAAAAGAUAGAUAAAAACAAUAUCCCAUUUAAUGAAGUUAAAAAACUGAUUCCUCAUUAAAUAUUUAAAUAUAUCCAAUAAGACACUUGGGUGAACUUCUUACCAACUAUAUUUGAUAAUUUCUACACUUUGGUUAUGAGUGAAUAUGCGGAUGAUUAAAAGAAAGAGAAACAAAAAUCAAAAUAGAAUUAAGAUACCGAAAAAAAUACAAAUCACGAAGAACCAAACAAUCAAAUUACAGAGUCAGACAUUUCAGACAAUCUGACCGUUCUUAAGACUGAAGCUCAUUAUGCCAUGUUAAUCUUUUUGGAUAUUCUGAAAUCCACUAAAUUUUUUGGUGUCACUAAUUUUAAAGUUCAAAGUGAUAAAGAGACCCUAAUGUAUUUGUAUGAAUUAAGCAAACACUAUUGGGAAGAAAAGAAAAAACAAAAUAAAUUUUCAUCCUCUUAUACUAUUGAUGAUUGUCGUACAUGGUCAUCAUUUUAUUUGUGUAUAAACUAUAAAUGCAUCACAUUUCUCAAACAACUUAAUUCCCAACUUGAAAUCCUUGAACUUGAUUAUGAAGAAAUUGAGUAGAUUAGUUCAUUACAAAAGAAUUUGGGAAUUUAUAUUUUCAAUCCCUUGACUAACAAUUAUGGCAUUCAAAUCAAUAAGAAGAUUUGUUUAAACUUUGAAACUGAGAAAAGUUAUUAAAUUAAAUAGUUGAUAUAGACAUAUGAUUAAAUGCAAAUGGAAAAUCGAUAAGCAUAAGAGCUGCAAUGUGAUGAGGAGUAAAAUUUUAAUGAGUUUUAAUGA